AUGCAUUCAGUCAAAUUAUCUAAGCUUGUUAGACAUUCAUUCGUUCGAUUUCACGCCUCAUUAGGACAAGGAAUUGGCCAAUAUUACAUCAAGCACUCAAACAUCUAUUGCAUUUUUUCAAAAUAUCGAUAUGAAUUUGAUCAUAUUCUCUUUGCUUCUCACGCCAUGGCCAAACCAGAGCAAACACUUUAUGAAGCUAUUAUUCGAUGUGACAUUGAUUCUGUAAGAAAUCAACUGGCAAACAAUGUCAAUCCAAAUGUCUUCCCAAAUAAUCCGACAAUGACACGAAUCAUUUUAGCUGUGAGGCUAAAGUACCUUGACAUCGCAAAUGAACUAUUGAUGAAUGGAGCUGAUGUGAAUGGGGUUGAUGAAUUUGGACGGACUGCGUUGCAUGUUGCAGUGGACAAUAAUGAUGAGGCUUCCGUCUCUAUUCUACUUUUACAUAAUUGCAAUUUAGAAAUAUAUGACUACACUGGCUUAUCACCUCUUGUGGUGGCUGUGGAGAACAAUAACAUCUACAUGGUUCGCUAUUUAGUUGCACAUGGAGCAGUGGUUUAUAAGGAAGAGGAAGGAUUUGAGCACCCCCCUCUCUCUUUAAGUGCCUACUACGGCUACUUUGAUAUCCUUCAAGUCUUGCUGAAUGUGGAAGAUGCAGAUAAAGACAAGAAGAAUACGCACAUGUAUUUUGCACUCAGCAUGGCGAUCGAAAAAGGCGACGUCCAGGCAGCAAAACUCUUGAUUGAUUAUGGUGCUCCAUUGGGCCGUUGGGAUGAAGCUGGCUUAACACCUCUGGAAAUAGCCAUUAUUGAAGAACAGGAAGCCAUGGUUUCACUUCUUCUAUCUCACAAUGCCUCAGUUAACGGGUUUAACCAGCAUGGCUUUACUCCACUUAUGAUAUCAAUCAUUCAUGAUAACCCUUCUGCAGCAGCACUGCUACUUUGGUAUGGUAUGGCCCAAUUAUUGCAUUAA